AUUCUCUGUGUUUCACUAUUUAGCAUUACGUUUAAUUUUAAAUCAAUUUUUUAUUAACUAAGGAAAUGCACCUGAUAUUCUCGGGUAUCUGAUAAUCAGGUGUGAUGUCAAACAAAAGUGGACGAAUAGGAAGCUGACGCGUGGGUUUUUGCGUUUCCCGCGUUAUUGACAGUUACACUGUUAAUAAACCUAUGCUCUAUUGAAGGCUAAGAGACUUGUUUUGCUUCUCUCAUAGCUUUCCCCUUCUCUGCGCGACGAUUUUGAUAAACCCUAACUCGUCAAUCGCAUUCCGUCAAUUUCUGGGCGCGAUGAAGUUACGCAAGAAGGCGAUUCAUCCUUCCAACGAAGUUUCUUUUCGCAGAUCUAAGCGAUGUGACUUUUGAUUUCUCUAAACAAGUGUUAUCUUUGAUUGUUCAUCUGGAAAUAGUUGACAACGUUGGCGAUGACGAAUCUUCUUCAGAUGGAGUCGGCUCUGAGUUUCAAGCUGAGGAGGAGGAGCUCCAGCUCCUGCCCCUGCCAAAUCUUGUCCCUGCCCCUGCCCCUGUGCCUCUGAUGCGAAAGGGCACUAAAAGGAAAGCCUCCAGAGAGAAAGGCAAGCUGUUGUGGGAGAUCUGGGAAAAAGAAGAUCAGAAAUGGGUUGAUGAACAUAAGACAGAGGAUGGAGAUUUGGAACAACUGAAUAAUGUGAUUACUGAAACUACCGAGCCGCCUCCUGAUUUUAUUAUGCCACUGUUUAGGUACCAGAAGGAGUUUUUAGCAUGGGCAAUAAAACAGGAACAGUCAGCUGCUGCAGGAGGCAUUCUCGCAGAUGAGAUGGGGAUGGGAAAAACCAUACAAGCCAUCUCUCUUGUUCUUGCCAGACGUGAAGCAGUGGGGUUCACCCUUGUAAUUUGUCCUCUUGUUGCUGUUUCUCAGUGGUUAGAUGAGAUUGCGCGGUGUACAUCCCCGGGAAGCGCCAAGGUCCUUGUAUACCAUGGGGCUAAGAAAGUGAAGAAUGCUGAAGAGUUCAGGAAGUACGACUUUGUAUUGACAACUUAUUCUACGGUUGAGAAUGGAUACAGGGGAUGCAUCGUGUCGCCCGAGAAGCAGUGUGAAUUUUGCAGCGAGUCAUUUUCUCCACAGAAGCUUAUUAUCCACAAUAAAUAUUUUUGUGGGCCUUUGGCUGUGAAAACGACUGAACAAACAUUAGAGGAAGAUCAGAUUGGUUCAGUGGUCAAAGAGAAGCCUAUUUUGCACUCUGUUAGGUGGAAUCGGAUCAUUUUGGAUGAGGCUCAUAACAUCAAAGAAAGAAGUAGCAGCACUGCGAAAGCUGUUUUUGCUUUGGAGGCUAACUACAGAUGGGCUUUGAGCGGUACCCCUCUCCAGAAUCAUGUUGGAGAGUUUUACUCUCUGAUUCGCUUCCUGCAAAUUCUUCCAUAUUCGUAUUACUUUUGCAGGGACUGUGACUGUAGUAUUCUUGAUUACACUAAGCAUACACGCUGUCACAGCUGCCCUCAUCAAGCAGCGCGACAUUUCUGUUGGUGGGGCAAGAAUGUGACCAAAGUUUAUGGAAACCAGGAACGGGGAAAGCGUGCUAUGAUAGUAUUUAAGAAAGUUCUGAAAGACAUCCUCAUAAGACGUACUAAAUUGGAACUGGCAGCUGAUCUUGCCCUUCCUCCUAGAAUCAUCACUCUGAGGCGGGAUGCACUAGAUGAUGAAGAGUUCGAUUACUAUGAAUCACUAUACGAAAACAGUCAAGCGCAAUUUAAUACGUACGUUCAGGGUGGGACAUGGAUGAAGAAGGAUGCAGAUAUAUUUGUUCUUCUCUUCCGUCUGAGACAGGCUGUUGAUCAUCAAUACCUUGUGGAGUAUUCCCCUUCUAACUUGAAUGAUGAGAACAAAAAGGAGCACGAAUGCGGUCUCUGCCACGAACCGGCUGAGGACAACGUUGUGACUUCUUGUGCGCAUGUGUUCUGUAAAGCCUGUUUGAUUGAUUUCUCUGCAUCCCUGCGAAAAGUCAGCUGCCCAACAUGCUCGAAACUUCUAACCGUGGAUUGGACUGCCAAAGCUGGCACAGAGCAACAGGCGAAAAGCAAGACUACACUUAAAGGGUUUAGGGCCUCGAGCAUUAUGAAUCUGAUAAAGCUCGAUGAUUUCCAAACAAGUACGAAGAUAGAGGCUUUGAGGGAAGAAAUCAGGCUCAUGGUUGAAAGAGAUGGGUCUGCCAAAGCAAUAGUUUUCAGCCAGUUCACAUCCUUUUUGGAUCUGAUAAACUACAGCCUCGGGAAGAGUGGGGUUAGUUGCGCCCAACUGGUGGGAGACAUGCCCAGGGCAGCUAAAGAUGUUGCCAUCAAUAAAUUCAGAGAAGAUCCAGAUUGCAGAGUUUUCUUGAUGAGUUUUAAAGCGGGAGGGGUUGCUCUCAACCUAACAGUCGCGUCACAUGUGUUCAUGAUGGACCCAUGCUGGAACCCAGCGGUUGAGAGGCAAGCUCAAGACAGAAUACAUAGGAUCGGACAGUACAAGCCAAUCAGGGUUGUGAAAUUCAUAAUAGAGAAUACAGUGGAGGAAAGGAUUAUAGAGCUUCAAAAGAAGAAGGAACUUCUGUUUGAAGGGACCGUUGAUGGUUCUCAGGAGGCCAUGAGAAAGUUGACAAGGGACGAUAUGAAGUUCCUGUUUACCAUCUAUAACUGACUCUAUUAGAAUAUAAACAUUUUUGUAUGUAGGAUCAUAAGACAUUUGAUGAUGACUCAUCUAUGAUUUGAUAUUCCCUUGCAAAAGAAAGAGUUGUUUCCGGAUGAUUCUUAAUAAUCGAAUGAAGCAAGUAGUACAAUAAAGUAGGUUUUCAUUCGAAUCUUUGUAACCUUUUUUUUAUUAUUAGAACUUUUGUGUGCAUA